GAGAUGCAGUUCGGCUUCAGUCUUCCCCAGGCUGUCCGGGAGUCCUACCUCGCCGUCAACGGCCAAGAGGCUGAAUCGUCGGCAGGCUGCUCGGAGGGGCUAUUCUAUGGCCUCACUCUACUUCCUUUGGAAGAAGUACUGGACGAAUGGCGAUUCUGGAGAGAGGUUGACGAUGACCCCAAUACAGGUGCUCAUGCCAAGCUUCGCGAAGUCAUGAAAUCUGUCCCGGAGGGAUGGGUCCGAAAGGAAUAUUCGCAGCGCGGAUGGAUUCCUCUCAUUACAGAUAAGGCUGGAAACUAUGUCGGCGUCGAUACCAAUCCUGGCGAGGGCGGAUUCGUCGGUCAGGUCAUAGUAUUCGGACGCGACUUUGAUACUAAAGUUGUACUCUGGCGUGGAGAUGGCCCCGCUGGUUGGGCACGAUGGUUGGCCAGCAUAGUGGAGGAGCUUGAGGGUGGAGAAGGGUACGAGCUUGGUGGCGCCGCUGAGAGUGAAGGAAGUGAUGAUGGCGUGGGCUACGAGAGCUAUUUCUUCGAUGGCACAGGUCGCGGCUCAGGUGAUGGCAAUGGAGAGGCUGGUGCUGGCGGGUUGCGCCUGUCGGGAGAGUAUCGAGGCUGGAAUGUUUUAGAGGCAUGGGCAGACAAAAGUGUUAGGAAAUGGCACGAGUCGGGUUUGAUACCUGAUGCGCCUGCGCGACCGGACAAGGGCAAGCUCGCGACGUCCUUGACCUGGCCAG